UGGAUGCGAAAGGAAGAUCGUGGACGCGGCGGUGGAACCUCCAUCUCAAAAAAAUGUGCUUUCUCAGACAGGAUUCAAGCGUUUUAAACCAAGACUGAAGAUUAUUUACCAACUCAAGCAGUUACCAAACGAAUUAGAGUGUGAUUUGUAAUGUGAUAAACGGAGAAGAAACCAGAUAUUAUUAUGCCCGUAACACAAAUUGCCGUGGUUCCAGUCGGUCCGUCGGGAGGAGCAGCGGGAGAGAAUGGAGACGGGAGCGCAUCAUCACGGCCCAUUACAGCACCAUCAUAUAAAGGACCCUCAACAAAAUGUCGGUCACAGUCGGAGCGACGGCGUAGCACAGCCAGCAAUCAAGUUGAAUUACGGACUUUAAGUAGCCCGGCUACUGCAAUGCCCUUUGUAGUGUGCCAGUCCAGCAGUUACCUCCCAGGCUCGGUGGCAACCACGUCCAGCAGACCCUCGACAGGCAGCAGCAUAUCACGGGGGAGUCAAUCUAGAAACUCCACCGGAUCACGCAACAAAACAACAAACUUUACGUCGCCGUCAUCACGAGGUGGCGCUCAACCAUGGUCAAAGCGGGCGUCCAUCGUAUCGACACCUUCUUUGAUAUCAAGUCAAGGCGAUAUCUGCAGGAUAUGCCAUUGUGAAGGAGAUGAAGAAAUGCCUCUUAUACACCCGUGCCUAUGCCUUGGAAGCCUUCAGUAUGUACACCAAGCGUGUAUACAGCAAUGGAUCAAGAGCUCAAAUACCAAGAACUGUGAACUUUGUCGAUUUGAGUUUAUCAUGCAGAGCAAGUUAAAACCUCUCGGCAAGUGGGAAAAGCUGGACAUGUCUCCGGCGGAGAGACGUAAAAUCAUCUGUUCCGUGUCAUUCCAUCUGAUAGCGGUGACGUGUGUGAUAUGGGCCUUAUAUGUCCUGAUAGACAAGACCUCGAGUGAUAUACAAGACGAUGGGAUGCAAUGGCCAUUCUGGACAAAGCUAGUAGUAGUUGCUGUAGGUUUUACAGGUGGAUUAGUCUUCAUGUACGUCCAGUGCAAGGUGUACUUCCAGCUCUGGAGGCGAUUGAAGGCAUACAACAGGGUCAUAUAUGUCCAGAACUGCCCACCGGAAGUCCGGCUGAGGGUCAAGGAGCAGAAGGAGUUGGAAGAACCCCCUAAGCCUCAGAUGGACAUCAUCAACUGACCAUGAGGAUGGUUGUUUUCCCCAUCUACCAUCAGUGAAUUGUAUGCAAACGAGUGAGAGCCUAAGCUUGUACAGCUUAAGUAUAAAUAUUUUUAGACGUUUUGCACAUUGUAUUCAAAUGAAUUAUGAGCCUGAGCUAUUCUGCUAAACUAUCAAUUUUGAGAGUUUCAAUUUAUAGCCUGCGACUAUGAACCUGUGUAGUCAUUCACCACUGUAAAAUACCCAGUGCACUUUUACAAUUCAUGCAAAUCUUGAUUUGAACCUUUUUUUUUUGAAAGACUAUUCUGCCCUUCAACACAAAAAAAGGAUGUGACAACUAUGAAAUUUCCUGUAAAAGACUAGAAUGUAUGAGAAUUUACACCACCAUCAUUCCAAUACCAUGAUUUUCUUUCCAUACAUAUCUUGUUUUUAUGAAAUACAUGAUAAUGAUGUUAUUUUAUUUAAAUGAAGAGCUGAAUUGUACAGAACUUUUACAUAAAAAACAACAUAAAACAUAACAGUAUCGAAAUAGGAUUAUAAAAAUACACGAAUCAUGAAAAAAAUAUACUAUCAUUAAUACUUUGGGGCUUAUAUGAAUCAACAGAAUAUUUUUAAAUAUAAGUGAGGGCUACGGGUGAGUUUGCCCUCAUCACAACUCAAAUUGUCCCUGAAAUUCCCCAAAGGAAUGCUUUGGGGUGACCAUCUUUCAUAAAGUUGGCCCAAAUUUUGCCAAAUAUUUGCCAAUAUUCAAGAAUAAUUCAAACAUAUGCAAAAUACUGAUAUUUGCAUUUGUUUUUGUUGAAUGGUGUUUGAUUGGAUAUGUAAUGAUAAUAAUAAUACCAAC